GGAUAAACUGGAACCCUUUCCCCCGCUGAAUUCCGCUCAGCAUUCUGCACCCAUGAAGAGUUCGAAGAGAUCGCGGAACAAGCCCGGAGCACUUCGGCGGAGGAAGUCCAGUGGCAUCGGCGGCGAGCUUCCUGGCGACAAUAUUGGCGGAUCGCUCGCAACGCUCUCGCCGCGUUCGCCCCAGGAGCUGCAGCACCGCACCUCCGAGAAGUCUGGCAAACGGUCAAAACGUCGGACCGUCAAGAGGUUCUUCAGGCGGUGGAAGGCCAUGUCCUUCAAGCACACCUGGGUGAACCCCUUGAUCCUCUGUCUGCUCAUUGUCUCCCUCUACCUCGUCUACCCGUACCCCUCGAAUCCAAUCUCGGCCGCCCUCUUCCUCUCAUACCCCAUUCCGCUUCAGCCGGGAUCCGAUGGCCCCAUACAAUACGGCAAAGGAUCGCGCGACUUUGCUUUCGUGGGCUUUUAUAUCAUAUUCCUGACAUUCACGCGCGAGUUCUUCAUGCAGCGCGUUAUACGACCGAUGGCAAUCCGCGCCGGCAUCCGCUCUCGCACAAAGCAAGCCCGCUUCAUGGAACAAUCUUACACCGCCAUAUAUUUCGGCAUCUUUGGACCAUACGGACUUUGGGUCAUGUCGCGAACGUCCAUUUGGUAUUUCAAUACAACAGCCAUGUACGAGGGAUAUCCGCACUUGACCCAUGAGGCUGUGUUCAAAGCGUACUACUUGCUCCAGGCGGCGUACUGGGCGCAGCAGAUGAUAGUCAUGUGUCUCAUGCUGGAGAAGCCUCGGAAAGACUUCAAGGAGCUGGUGAUGCACCAUUUCAUUACGCUCGCCUUGAUCUGGCUGAGCUAUCGCUUCCACUUCACACACAUGGGCAUUGCUAUAUACAUUACCAUGGACAUCAGUGACUUCUUCCUCGCUACCUCGAAAGUCAUCAACUAUCUUGAUUGGCCAAUCGUUGGUCCUUAUUUCGUCCUCUUCGUAUUCGUCUGGACUUACCUCCGCCAUUUCAUCAACCUCAAAGUUCUAUAUUCUAUCCUCACAGAAUUUAAUACCGUAGGACCAUUCGAACUCAACUGGGAGACCCAGCAGUACAAAUGUCGACUGAGUCAAGUCAUAACCUUUGGGCUUCUGGCAGCGCUUCAGGCGGUGAAUCUCUUCUGGCUAUUCAUGAUUGCCCGGAUUGCCUAUAGGUUUGUCGCCAACUGGGGCAAGGAAAUUGCAGAUGAGAGGAGCGAUUACGAAGACACCGGUGACGAAGCUAUCAAUGAGCGGGAGGACUCGACCAACGCAAAUGUGGAGAAAACACAGCCUAAAUUGAACGGACACGCAAAUGGCGCCUCGAAUGGCAAGUUAGCGGCGGGAGCAACUCCGCAAGUCAUGCUGAACGGCGAGCCAGUCGCGAGGACGCCUAGUCCUGCGGGAAGACCAGCCACACCAGACACGAUCAAGACUAGGUUACGAAAGAAAAAGACCCGCUCAUGAGUUGCACCGAGAUUGAUAUAUUCCUAUUCGAUAUGUCGGUCAAAAGGAACGUUCGCGAGCAUCAGCUUUACCUUCUGCCGCUCGCUUUACAAAGCUUGUAAUAUGGCGUUUUACAAACGACCCACUCGCUUCAACGCUGGACGAGAUUGUGGGUCUCACAUUCUAUACUUUUCUAUAUACGCCAGCUUUACCUGCUUCAGGGUUUUCAACUUCUUUUCUUUCGCUGUACCAACACCCUUUUAUCACUGGUUUGAGCCGGUGACAUCUUCAAUCUCGCGCGUUGACGCUGAGAUUACAUCAUUAGGCACCCGCGUUUUUGUAUUUCGUCUUGGCUGGAUGUUUGCCAGACGAGAUAAUGCCUUUGGUGGUGCAUAGAUCGGGGCCAGCUUUCCCAGUGGCAGUACAUAAUCUUAUAAUGAAGAAUGGAUGGAGGUGC